CGGCCACUGCCAAACUCCUAUAUAAACGACUGCUCUUCCCAGCUGAAUUCCCACACAGCAAAACCUGAGAUCAACUGCCUUCGAUCUUCGCAUUCCCCACAUAGCCCACAUUACAAUUGCUCCAAUAUCGCUUUCUAAGUUACUUUCUUUCCAAUCACUUCCCUUUCGAACCCUUCACUCCGAUCGACCCAAAGAAGUUCGACUUAUAUUCGUUCAGAGACUGCAUUUGCAAUAACUGACAAUGGAGAGAGUGACGAGCAUGGUGUCGGAGAGGCCGGUGGUGAUAUUCAGCAGGAGCUCCUGUUGCAUGUGCCACACCAUCAAGACGCUUUUCAUCACGGAGCUCGGGGUGAACGCUGCGGUGCAUGAGGUGGACGAGAUUCCAAGAGGGAGGGAAAUUGAGCAGGCUCUCGCGAGGCUUGGAUGCAACCCGAGUGUGCCGGCCGUGUUCAUUGGUCGUGAACUGGUGGGCGGAACCAACGAGGUCAUGACCCUUCACCUCCGCCGUGCCUUAGUCCCAAUGCUUAAACGCGCUGGUGCAAUAUGGCUCUGAUGAUCAUAUAUAUAUAUACGAGAUAAUGAGGAUUUGGGUCGGAUAUCUAUACAUUACGAGUGCAUGAUGCAGUGUGUUAACUUAGCCAUAUAUAUAUAUAUAGAGCUUAAUUAAUAACUUAUCAGUCUUAUAUAUAGAGUCCUAUAUAUAUACAGCCAGUCUGCUGCAUAUAUAUAUAUAUAAAAUAUAUAUGCAUCUUAGCCUUUUUGUAACUGAUCUGUUACUACUGUGUCUUGGUUUUGCUAUUAAUAAAAGUUUCAAUUUGGCGUCAAA